GUCAGAGGGGCUGAGCUCUUUGUUUGGGUUCCGUGGAAGGCAGAAUGGGCUGAACUGGAACUGACCUAAAUGUCCACCAAAGGAGUGGUCCGGCAUGCUCUGCCCACCGCACGCUGAGGUGCCCUGACCAUGAGCCUCAACUCCUCCCUCGGCCACAGGAAGGAGCUGAGCAACCUCACGGACCAGGAAGGUGGUGAAGGGGGCGCCGUCAUCACUGACUUCAUCACCAUCAUUAUAAUCACCAUUUUUGUCUGCCUGGGCAACCUGGUCAUCGUGGUCACCUUGUACAAGAAGUCUUACCUCCUCACCCUCAGCAACAAGUUCGUCUUCAGCCUCACGCUGUCCAACUUCCUGCUGUCCGUGCUGGUGCUGCCUUUCGUGGCGACCAGCUCCAUUCGGAGGGAAUGGAUCUUUGGCGUGGUCUGGUGCAACUUCUCGGCCCUUCUGUACCUGCUGAUCAGCUCGGCCAGCAUGCUCACACUUGGGGUCAUCGCUGUGGACCGCUACUAUGCUGUCCUGUACCCCAUGGUGUACCCCAUGAAGAUCACGGGGAACCGAGCUGUGAUGGCCCUUGUCUACAUCUGGCUCCAUUCCCUCAUCGGCUGCCUGCCCCCUCUGUUUGGUUGGUCGUCAGUGGAGUUUGACGAGUUCAAGUGGAUGUGUGUGGCGGCGUGGCACCGGGAGCCUGGCUACACGGCCUUCUGGCAGAUCUGGUGUGCCCUGUUCCCCUUUCUGGUCAUGCUGGUGUGCUAUGGCUUCAUCUUCCGUGUGGCCAGGGUCAAGGCGCGCAAGGUGCACUGCGGCGCGGUGGUCCUCGUGGAGGAGGACGCCCAGAGGGGUGGGAGGAAGAACUCCAGCACCUCUACCUCCUCCUCCGGCAGCAGGAAGAACGCCUUUCAGGGCGUGGUCUAUUCGGCCAACCAGUGCAAAGCCCUCAUCACCAUCCUGGUGGUCCUCGGGGCCUUCAUGGUCACCUGGGGCCCCUACAUGCUUGUCAUCACCUCCGAGGCCCUCUGGGGGAAGAACUAUGUCUCCCCGACCCUGGAGACCUGGGCCACGUGGCUGUCCUUUACCAGCGCCAUCUGCCACCCCCUGAUCUAUGGGCUCUGGAACAAGACGGUUCGCAAGGAGCUGCUGGGCCUGUGCUUUGGGGAUCGGUACCACCGGGAGCCGUUCGUGCCGCGCCAGAGGGCUUCCAGGCUCUUCAGCAUUUCCAACAGGAUCACAGACCUGGGCCUGUCCCCCCACCUCACUGCCCUCAUGGCAGGCGGACAGCCCCUGGGGAACAGCAGCAGCACGGGGGACACUGGCUUCAGCUGCUCCCAGGACUCAGGAACGGACGUGAUGCUGCUCGAGGACUACACAUCUGAUGACAACCCUCCCUCCCACUGUACUUGCCCCCCCCCCAAGAGAAGGAGCUCCGUGACCUUUGAGGAUCAAGUGGAGCAAAUCAAAGAUGCCGCCAGGAACCCUGUUCUUCACGUGAAAGCCGAAGUGCACGAGUCCUUGGACAGUUAUGCGGCCAGCUUGGCCAAAGUCAUAGAGGCCGAAGCCAAGAUCAAGCUGUUCGGGGAGGAGGCGUUGCCCGGGGUCCUGGCCGCAGCACGGACGGUCCCGGGGGCCGGCUUCGGGGGCCGCCGAGGCAGCAGGACUCUUGCGGGUCAGAGGCUGCAGCUGCAGAGCAUCGAGGAGGGAGACAUUUUAGCUGCAGAACCGCGAUGAGGGCGUCAGGGCGGACUGGCCCACAGAGGGGCGCCCCGGGGAGGGAUAUCUGGGGUGCAGCCACCCGGAAAAACGCUGACCACGGGGUCUUGUGAGAGCGCCCGCCGGCUCCAGGUGGGCCCUGGCGAUGGGACCAGAGACGUCGGAAGCUCCAGGGCAAGCAGACGGAGGUGUGGCCAUGACUUUUUGGGAGGGGGGCAUGGAAGGGAGACUAGGGACCGUGGCUUGGAAGGAAACGGCCGCGUGGGUUACUUCCUCUACUCCAGGACGUCCAGGGGCAGCCGGGCACUGUCCCAGAGGUCUCGGGAGGUAAGCCCUUCGCGGUGCUCCUGGAAGAACGGCACUUCUUCCUGCCAGAGCAGGACCGUCCCCUGCGCGUCCGCGUGGUGGGUGCAGGCCACCCUGAAUGCUCCCCGGAGGAGAACCUGGGAGCAGAGCUUCUCGCAGGGGCUUCCACGCCUCCAUCCUGGUGGGGACCUUGCAGUCAUCGGGGGCCGCCUGCUGGUGCUAGUGGGGGCGGCGCGGCCCCAGGGCUGCUGUCACUGGGGAUGGGGCCGCCCUGCCCCCCUCCCUAUUGACUGAUGCUUUGGUAUUUAAAAAGAAGGGAGCAACCACUAUACAAGACACGAGG